AUGCCCGCUAUUCCUCCCUAUCAUAUUCUCCUGCGAAAUGGAACGGUUCUGGUCCACGAGGGAGCCCGAGUGCGACCAUUGAGAGGACAUGACGUCCUGAUCGAGGGAAACACGAUCAAGAAGAUCGGCCAGGGGUUGGAAUUGCCACCGGGUGGUAAGGUGGUCGACUGCACGAGGAAGAUUAUCUCUCCAGGGUUCGUAGACACACACCAUCAUCUGUGGCAGACUCAGAUGAAAGGGCGGCAUGGCAAUGAAACUUUGACGGAAUAUUUAGCCACUGGCAAUAUGCAGUCUUUUAACUUCAGACCAGACGACAUCUUUUGGGGCCAAUUGACUGGAUGUUUACAGAGCAUUGACGGAGGUGUCACUACCGUUGUUGAUCAUGCGCACCUGUCAUAUUCCCCUGAACAUGUGGACGAGGCAAUUCGGGCCUCAGUUUCCUCUGGAAUUCGGACCGUCUUCUGCUACUCGGCAAUCCCUCGGAUCAAGAAUUGGUCGUCGAAGAUAGAAUUUGAGGAAGAGCUCGUACCCUCCUGGUGGCUGCCGACUCUUGAAAGACUAGCCAAGGCUGAGCCCUUCGGCAACGGUCGAGUGAAUCUUGGGGCUGCCAUCGACUUUUUGUUUCCCCAAGCCGUUACCGUCAACUUAUGGAAAAAGUCUCAAGCGCUAAACCUCAGAUUCUUCACCUGCCAUUACGUCCCCAAUGUUAUGCCAAUUAAUGUUGUUGAGAUUCUCUCGGACAACAACCUCCUCGGCCCCAAUGUCGUGCUCUCCCAUGCGAACGGCGUCUGCGACACUAAUGCCCAGAAAAUCGUAGAGAACAACGUCUUUGUCUCCGCAACCCCCGACACAGAGCUCCAGAUGGGUCUCGGAGACGUCGUUGCAUUUCAACCGAACCUCAAAAACAACACUUCUCUUGGGGUCGACUGUCAUUCCAACAACUCCGCCGAUCUUCUGACCCAGAUGCGACUGGCUGUUCAGCACUCGCGCGCACAGGAUCAUCUCAGAGCCAUAGAGAAUAAAGAGCAUUGCCGUGUGGAUAUUACGCUGGAAGACGCGUUCAACCUGGGUACCAUUCAAGGUGCCAAGGCCAUCAACAUGGAUGAUCAAAUCGGCAGUCUUGCGGAAGGAAAGAGAGCCGACAUUGUUGUUUUCGACACAACUACUCCGGCCAUGGUCUGCGCCGCCGAAGAGGAUCCCAUAAACGCUAUCCUGCUCCAUGCAGGGGUACGGGAUAUCGACAUGGUGAUUGUGGAUGGGCAGUUGAAGAAGGAAAAUGGAAGACUGUGUCCAGUAGAAAUCCUGGAUAGGCUUGAUUCCGAGACAGGUGCCGAAACUGGUUGGGAUGAUAUUGUGAAGCAGCUUUUGGAGAGUCGACAGAGGAUUCUGGAUCGGUCGAGUGGACAGGACAUUGCGGCGGCGAUGGCGCUAUUUUCGCACUGA